AUGUGUUGGUUAUGUCCUGUAGAUGGUGGUGGCACCCCGGUACAGGACGAAAAUGCUCUCGGUUCAGAUGCGGAAGAGGAGAUGAGGAAUGAGCCGCGCCACUCCGAGGUAAGGGGAUAGUCGUCUAAGCAAGACAUUCAGAUAACCUGUGUUCAACAACAGUCUAGUGUGGUGGUCAAGCCCUCUUGAUUUCCACACCAUCUUGCACAUACAGAUUAACUUGUAAAAAAAUAUAUAUAUAAUAUCCAAGGGGUCUACGCUGACAUUUUUUACAAGGAUAAAUGUAGGCGCACACAAAGACAUUUAGGAGCACAACGACAAAUGUGGUUAUAAAGCUAAAAUCGUUCAUUUUUCAAAGCGCUCUAGUGCUCCUAAAUAAUGUCAGAUUGCACAGCAAAAUAUUUGGCCGCAUAUGCUAGUAAGAUGGUUGCACUGUAGAACCCUGCAUCCAUUCCUAACCGUAGACUUAUGAAGGGUUUUAUAUUUCCACCAUUUGUUAUGCAGGAUGAGAAUAGUGAUGGUGAGGGAGCUGCUCAGGCCAUGGAGACAACCGGCGUGGCCAGCGGGUCAGACAACGAGGGACACAAAGGGGAGGACAGUGACUUUGAGGAGGAGGCCCCUAGGCUUGCAGACAGCGAUAACAAGGAGGGGUCCCCAGUCAAACGCAGCACCUCAGACGUAGAGGGCUCCCCCCCACCCAAAUGCAGAGGCAGUAACUCGGACAUAGAGGAGUCCCCCCCACCCAAACGCAGGGGCAGCACCUCAGACGUAGAGGGCUCCCCCCCACCCAAACGCAGGGGCAGCACCUCAGACGUAGAGGGCUCCCCCCCACCCAAACGCAGGGGCAGCACCUCAGACGUAGAGGGCUCCCCCCCACCCAAACGCAGGGGCAGCACCUCAGACGUAGAGGGCUCCCCCCCACCCAAACGCAGGGGCAGCACCUCAGACGUAGAGGGCUCCCCUCCACCCAAACGCAGGGGCAGCACCUCAGACGUAGAGGGCUCCCCCCCACCCAAACGCAGGGGCAGCACCUCAGAUGUAGAGGAGAAAGAAACCAAACAGGCUGCAACCGUGAGCGACUCUGAGAACGAGGAUCGGCCCCCGUCCCGAGUCCGGAGCAGACACUCGAAUGCACGCAGUGACUCUGAGACUGAGGCGCCCGAACACAAAGCGCAGAUGGAGUCUGAUGGAGAGGAGGAGGAGUGCGGCGAGGGGAAAGGGAAGUGGAAGGCUGUAAUGCAGUCCGACAGUGAGGAUGAGGUGGAGGCUCGGCCAGCGAAAGCAGCUGCAGGCAGUGACCAGGAGAAGGAAAGUCCUGCAAAACGGGUGGUGGACGAGAGUGAGGACGACGAUGAGAUGCCA